CCAAAAAUGAUUUCGAAUUUUCACUGGCCAGGCGGGUGCGGUCACUUUCAGCAUCUAUACUUUCAGCAUCUAUGCUUUCAGCAUAGAUUCAGAGAGAUGCAGUCUACGCUUGGAACAAAGCUUAGUCGUAAAGGAACACAAUCACUACUAAAACGUUCAUCAACUAAAGAAUUUUCAGAUUUUGCACUUGGUGAGAAAGAUCUUCUAGAUAACAUCAGAGAAGAUUCAGAGCCAUCUGGCUCUAACAGACACCGACACCACGCCAGACUUGAAAAUUCAUACCGUCUAGAACCACAGAAAACCUUCCCUUACUACAAAGCAAGGGCACUCAUGACUGAUCUACUCGAGUCAACUCUAGGAAGUAUUACUACUUAUGAUCCAGACCAGUGUGCUCAACUUGCAACAGACCUGAGUGGUAAAAUUAAGAACAUAGGGAAGGAUUUAAAAAUCCCACGAUACAAGCUUAUCGCACUUGUGCAUGUGGGUCAGAAACAGGAGCAGGGACUGAUGAUUGGCAGUAGGUGUGUGUGGAACACAGAUCAUGACACCUUUGCAUCGGCACAAUUCACCAGCCAUAUCCUCUAUGCUGUUGCAAUGCUGUAUGCGUCGUACUUAGAAUAAACAAGAGUAAGAAGAUAUCUACAUUUGAACUACUUUGAUAGGCUAAAUAGAUACACAUAAUAUAUAUUAAUUACAUCAAUAAAGAACUUUACUGAGUUAUUCAUGCAUAAUGUUCACCCAAUGUACAAAGUAAUUUUAUUGUUUUAACAAAAACUAUAAAUAUAUUAUUUCUCGAUGCCAGGUGUAUAUUUUCAUAAACAAAAUUCCCGGCAA